GCCGCGGGACCUGGCGCGGGGGCGACGCGGAGCGGGGGGAGCCGGGGCCGCCCGCACCCUCCUCACCUUCCCUUCGCCUCUGUGCGCCGCCGAGCCCCUCCGGCGCUGCCCCCGGGCGCGGCUGCGGAGAGCGGCGCUCGCCCACCAUCAUGGAAGACGACGGGCAGCCCAGGACCCUCUAUGUAGGAAACCUGUCCAGAGAUGUGACUGAGGUUCUCAUACUUCAGUUAUUCAGCCAGAUUGGACCAUGCAAAAGCUGUAAAAUGAUAACAGAGCAACCCGAUAGCAGAAGGGUCAACUCUUCUGUUGGAUUUUCUGUUUUGCAGCAUACAAGCAAUGACCCUUAUUGCUUUGUGGAAUUUUAUGAACACAGAGAUGCAGCUGCUGCAUUAGCUGCUAUGAAUGGGAGAAAAAUUUUGGGAAAGGAGGUCAAAGUAAACUGGGCAACAACACCAAGUAGCCAGAAAAAAGAUACAUCCAAUCACUUCCAUGUGUUCGUUGGGGAUUUAAGUCCAGAAAUAACAACAGAAGACAUCAAGUCAGCAUUUGCUCCUUUUGGUAAAAUAUCGGAUGCACGGGUAGUUAAAGAUAUGGCAACUGGAAAGUCAAAAGGCUAUGGUUUUGUAUCUUUUUAUAACAAACUGGAUGCAGAAAAUGCUAUUGUACACAUGGGAGGCCAGUGGUUGGGAGGCCGCCAGAUCAGAACUAACUGGGCAACAAGGAAACCACCAGCCCCUAAAAGUACACAAGAAAAUAAUACAAAACAGUUGAGAUUUGAAGAUGUAGUAAAUCAGUCAAGUCCAAAAAAUUGUACUGUGUACUGUGGAGGAAUUGCCUCGGGGCUAACAGAUCAGCUUAUGAGACAGACUUUUUCACCCUUUGGACAGAUUAUGGAAAUAAGGGUGUUUCCAGAAAAAGGUUACUCAUUUGUCAGGUUUUCAACCCAUGAAAGUGCAGCACAUGCUAUUGUUUCAGUUAAUGGAACCACAAUUGAAGGACAUGUUGUUAAAUGUUAUUGGGGUAAAGAAUCCCCUGAUAUGACUAAAAACUUCCAACAGGUGGAUUACAGUCAGUGGGGACAAUGGAGCCAAGUAUAUGGAAACCCUCAGCAGUAUGGGCAAUAUAUGGCUAAUGGGUGGCAAGUACCAUCAUAUGGAAUGUAUGGCCAAGCAUGGAAUCAACAGGGUUUUGGAGUAGACCAAUCUCCAUCUGCUGCCUGGAUGGGUGGAUUUGGUGCUCAACCUGCCCAGGGACAAGGUGCUCCUGUAAUACCUAACCAAGCUGGAUAUGGUAUGGCAAGCUACCAAACACAGUGAGCUGGGACUCUGUUUAAAAGUGUGUAUUUCAUGAUAGGCUGCAGUUUCCAGUGACAUUCUGAAGACUGGAAUGUAGACAAUGAAAAAACAAAAGAAAAUAUUUAUUUUAAAAAUGGAAAUGUUUGGAACCUUUAGCACAGCUUUGCUUUGGUGAAGGACACAAAUGUCUUCUAGUUCUGCCUUUUUAAGUUUUUGUUCAUGAUGGAUAUGAACAUGUUUUUCUUUGUGUACAAAACUUAAAAAUAAAGUCAAUAAAGACAAUUCUGACUACAAA